AUGCUGACCAUCACAGGGGAGAACCUGGGUCUGCAGUUCAAGGACAUCCAGACAGGGGUCCGCAUCGGCAAGGUGGCCUGCACCCCCAUGGAGGCAGAGUACAUCAGCGCUGAACAGUGAGUGACUAUUAGUCUCUUUGUCCUCCUGCCUCUGUCCUCUGUUUUGAUGCCUUACUCCAUCUCUUUAUCUCUCUCGGUAUGCAUGUCUCCCUCCCUCCAUCCCUCCCUCCACCUGUUAGCCCUAUUUUCUAUCUACCCAUCUCACUUUCUUCUCAUUCAUCUCUGUCUCUCCCUCUCCUGUUCCUCUUUUAACCCAUUGUCACAUUAUCUUACUUGCUGGCAUCCUAGGAGACUUGUCUGGCUCACUGACAUCUGGAGAGAUACAGAUCAUGCACAAACACAUUUUCAACCGUAUUCAAAUCACGCUGACAUCAUAAACUCUCAUUGACUCAUAGUGAGAGUGUAUGAUGCUGAAAUGAAGGACCUGAGUGUUUUGAAGCAUAAAUGACUAAAGGAAAGCUGCAUUUCUUGAAGCACCACAAAGUCUGCCAACAAACAAAAACACUGUGUCGCUGUCAUCGGUACUGACAAAUAGCCUACAAUCAUAAAAGUGUGUGGAUAUUUCUGAUUGACUUUAUAUCUGUACUUAAACAUAUUUGGACCCUACUGUAUAUGAAGAUAGUUGUUUCAAGGAUACUUGUGUUUGUUUCAACCCUGCUGUCACCUCCAAACGUGAAGGGCUAAUGCUUAACCCCCGUCUCCCCGGUUACAAUUAGGGCACGUUGCCAUGACGGCAAACAUGUGGCGGCAGUGGUCCGCACUAAACCUUUCAGGGUGAUUAAAAGUGAUGUUCCCCAUAUGGAGCGACUCGGAAGUGACUGCUCCUGUCAUCUCUGUAACCCUGUCAGAGCCGUAACGGAGGAGGUGGGUUACGGCAAUGAGCACAAAGGUUAGGGGUAAAUGGUGGGUGCGGUGUGGAGAUUGGAGAAGGCCGUCGCCUAUUCAAGUCUGGUCAAGCUCAGCCCACACGCUCUCACAAAGGAGUAGAUGCACACACACACACACAUGCAAACACGCUUACUCUGACAGUAAGUCGUGUGCAUACAGUACAUGCAAAUAGAGUUUACACACAAACCAAUAAACCUGUACAUCUUAAGAAUCUUAUUUUUCUUACACUCAUAUACAGUUUAUAAUUCUGUCUCUCCCUCUGUUAUUUGGUUCCAAUUUGUCUACCUAAUAUUCCUCUUAUCGUCACUGUGAUGAUGCCAGUAAAAAUGGCUCCAUUAACACAAUCAUCUCCUAAAAACUCUCCUCACUCUAAUCAUUGUCCCUCCCUGCGUGAGACCAAACAAAUAAUUGCAUCGGAAUGCGGACGUCAUCGCCGCGGCGAUGGAGAGCGGUUACCGUGGCCACCUACAGCGAGGACAAAAGCAGCUGAGUUAAUAACUCAUCGCAGGCGGAUAGAGGGAGGGAGGGAGGGAGGGAGGGAGGAAACGAGCUUGUUCAAUUAAUCACCCCCCUCUCACUUAAACCCAGCUCUCUUUUCUCUCUCUCUCUCUCAUUUUCUGGGGCUAAUUAACAGUCCAGAGUGUCUGAGGAGGGUGAAACGUGAGGGCUCUGUGUGCGUGUGCAUGCAUGCAUCCGUGUAUGUGUGCACAAUCCUAUGUGUGUGGUGUGUUUGCGCUGAUUACACACAUGCUAGCACAUGUCUGUGUGUAUUCUCGCCCGCAGUGCCCAACCACCUCAGACUCUCGUCCUCUGCCUCAAUCAUUUCUAAAAUGAAUUUUCAUUUGGCCAGUCGCCGCCCAAGGCCAAACACAAGGCUUAUGGGGUUAUAAUAUCCUCUAAUACACUCAUAGAGACACAUGGAACCUCUCUCUCCUAUCGUACCUCUCAAGGUACAAGUGGAUGUCCUCACCAUCACACACAGUAGCAUGGCUAUGGAAAUGUGCAGGGCUAUUGAUAUGCUCUAUGGCUUGGUUACCCUUGGACUAAUGCUAUGGAUAUGUCAAUGGCUAUGAUCAUAUGUGUAGUGUCACUCUCUCGCUCUCUCUCUCAGGAUCGUGUGCAAGCUGGCUGAUGCGACAGGUUACCGGGUUCAGGAGGCUCACGUGGAAGUAUGUGUGAGGGACUGCACACACACCGACUACAAAGUCAUCUCACCCAAGGCCUUCACUUUUGUGGUAAGCUGCCAUCAUACCUGUGCUGAAAUGUCCUUCUGUAAGGUUGUGUUCUUUCAUCAAUUGAAAAACAACAGUUGAUUCCAGAACAAAUGAAUUCCUAUAUCUGACGUCUUCUCUUGGUGUGUUCCUCUACCCCCAGUCUCCCUAUUUCACGCGUGUACAGCCCUCUAAGGGCCCCCUCUCGGGGGGAACUCGCAUCACCAUUGAGGGGAGCCACCUCAACGCGGGCAGCGCUGUGGCUGUCAAGAUCGGCCUCCAUCCCUGCCGCUUCGAGAGGUAAGCUCUCACACCGCCCACUCGCUUGUCUUGUCUUUGGGAUAUUGUUUAUUAUUGAUAACAUUAUUGUGCUGUAUCGAUAUCUCUAUUCGAUAACUGCUGUAAGUGGUCGGACUAACUUGCAUUUAUUUUGAGAAUGACUACUGUUAUUUGUGACGGGAAUGACUAUCUCUGCUAUGGGAAUGACCAACCUCUGUUUCUAUGGUUUACCUUCCAUUGAAGAGCAAUGAUUUAGAAUUAGGGUUUCAAGUACUCUUUACAGUAAUAAUGUUUGCCCAUUGCGCUACAUGUUACGAGCUUGGUAAGUUCUCCAACAUUCGAUGGGAGAUUCAGAGAAGCUGGAAAGGCGAGAAUGCACAAUACAGAGAGAGUAUGUUCUCCUGCAACGAGCGCUCUCUCUCCAUAGUCUGUCAUGGUGAAACACACACACACACAGUGUUCUCGCAGCGUACCGUGCACUCAUCUAAAACUGCAAAUGAACAUGUUAGCAGAUGGCGAGAACACCUCACAGAGAGGAGAGUGCCUUGUUAACACCUCUAAGAAGAGGGUUGGGAUACAUAGAAAAUGAAAAGAGAGCUGAAUGAGAGAAGAACAUGGGAGAAGACAAUCAAACAUUCACAGCCCACAUCAAACCACCCCCCAAGACACAAAUCUCAUCUUCUCAGUCACAUUUAUUAAUGAGGAGGAGGAAAAUUGAGGCAAAAUUAGCCAGUUCAGCCCCCUUUUGAAGACCCUGGAAAUACCCAUACAUUUAUCUUGCUACGCAGACUGUAGUUUUUCGGAACAAUUAGCUUUAGAUUUAAUGUAAGCACUAUCAACAUGAUUGGUAGGUGGUAUAUAGACAGCCAUAUGUGACAGGGUUUAUACAAGGGGAAUACAUGCAUGCUGCAAUGACAUCUGUUGAUAUGGGGAAACAUGUUGAGCUAAAACCUUCACUGACUCUGAAAAGACAGCUUCUGUCUUUGGUAUAGUAUAGAAUUCCAAAUACUAGUGAUACAAAGGGAUAAUAAUAAUAAUAAUAUAAUAUGAUAGUGUAUGAUAGGGUUAGUGUUAUGGUUAGGGUUAGUCAUCUUGAGCUGUAAUAUGAUAGGGUUAGGGUUAGUCAUCUUGAGCUGUAAUAUAAUAUGAUGGUGUAUGAUAUGGUUAUGGUUAGGGUUAGUCAUCUUGAGCUGUUCUGCUAAAGUCACAUGAGGGCUCAUCUCAAUAAUCAAAGGUAGCUUCCUCCCCUAAUCUCCUUCAUCUGCACUAACCUGAAAACACAGGAUAGGUGAAAUCAAGGACGUGGAUGCCCACUGGGAGGUUUGCUGCCACCUUGUCUAGUUCAAUCAAGCCACAUUGACAUUAUCCCACCCCUGGUUAGUCCACAAUUGGCUUAAAAAAUUCAAACGUAACACAAUAUCUGCCAGUAUGAAAAUGUAUGCACUCACUAACUGUAAGUCGCUCUAGAUAAGAGCAUCUGCUAAAUGACUAAAAAUGUAAAAAUGUAAAUUAAUUUGCAGGAAUAUUGCUCCUGUCUGUCUGUUUGGUGCAAGCAUUUGUUUAUCACUCUGUAUGUAGCCAGUUAGCAAUGCUAAUGAUAACAGUCUUGUGGGUAGACGGAAAGACUUUAGUCUAAAACCUACUCAAUUAAAUGUUAAAUGGAAAGUAGGCUUACCUGACAGAACUAUAGAAGGAUUGUUUGUAUCAAUUGGGUGGCGAUUGUUUUGCAAACUUUGCCAUGAUGUGUUGCAGCAGUAGGCCUAACAGCAGAAACAUCACCGAUACAUUCCUCUCUUGCUAGAUGCUCAAUUAAAGGGGAAUUACAUUUUCUUUUUUUUAUGUUACAUUUUUUUCCAGACCUCAAGAAUGGUCUUCAUAUGUAUUUUAAGCAUUGACAUGGACUCAAAACAUCAAUUUUCGUUAUUUCUCUAUGAAUAAUUGUAAUAUUGCGAGUAAAAAACUGAUGAAAAUCACAAACCAGGAAAGAGAAAACAGAAUUCAGGGAAAUAUAAUUUUAUGGGGCCCCCUUAGUUGUUUAUUAAACAUUAUUUUACCAGGUAUAUUAACAGAAAAUGCAUUUAUUGUACACCAAGGACCAGGGGAAGAGUUACAGGGUAAUGGAGAAGAGAAGAAUGUGACGAUUUGAAAGCUAUAAAAAAAAUAGUAGCUCGAGACAAGUUUAAUUUUUUAAAAGUAGCUCUCAUGCUAGAAAAUGUUGGUGACCCCCUGCACUAGACUUUUGAUAUUAGAACAGAACAUACAUAGCAUUGUCCUUUCAGACCUGCUCUAGCAUAGCGACGCUCUAUGUCCCUAAAAUAAUGGAUUUGAAAAGUGACCUCUCUUUUCCCCGUGUCCCUCAUGUCCAAAUGUUUUUUUCUUUGUCUCAGAGUUCAACACGACCAAUUUAAUCAAAGUGUAUUUACCCUAAUCAUUCUGCUACUCCCUCUGCAACCCCUUUCUUCCCUUUCUUUCUGUUUUUCUAUUUCUGGCCCUCUCUCUCUCUUCUCCCAUUCUUUUGUGCCGGCUGACAACAAACUUGUCAAAAUAUGUAUGGUGCACCGCAGGUUUCGCCGACGAGUGUUAUGAAAGUGGUUGCCCGGGCAACGAGGCGGUGCGAGCGGAAUGUGGAAAAGGCGCUUUUCUUUUUCUUAUUUUCCUCCCCUUCUUCUGGAAGACGGGGCGUUUAAAUUGCUUGUUACGAGACAGCCGGGAUGUGCUUGCAGAAAUGCAUCCUAGCUUAUUUUCUCUUCCACUUAGUUUCCCCUCAACUGCUGUCGUCUCACUAAUGUGUUUUCGUCCUCUUUCCUUCUCUCUGUUUCUGGUCCACAAUAGAUGGGAUUUAUGUAUGAAAUAAUUGUUGUGUAGGAUAGGAAAGCACUCAUCACACACUAUUGAAGUAAUAUGGCUACAGGUUCAUCUGCCUCACCAAAAGCCCAUUCUGGUGGGAAGCUGCUGUAGACCACCAAGUGCUAACAGUCAGUAUCUGGAUAACGUGUGAAAAAAUAAAGUGACAGUAGGGAGGCUAUAUAUACAAUAGAGUAAAGUGACAGUAGGGAGGCUAUAUAUACAGGGGGGUACCGUUGCAUAGUCAAUGUGCGGGGGGCACCGGCUAGUUGAGGUAAUAUGUACAUGUGGGUAGAGUUAAAGUGACUAUGCAUAAAUACUUAACAGAGUAGCAGCAGCGUAAAAAAGGAUGGGGUGGGGGGGCAGUGCAAAUAGUCCGGGUAGCCAUGAUUAGCUGUUCAGGAGUCUUAUGGCUUGGGGGGUAGAAGCUGUUGAGAAGUCUUUUGGACCUAGACUUGGCACUCCGGUACCGCUUGCCGUGCGGUAGCAGAGAGAACAGUCUAUGACUAGGGUGACUGGAGUCUUUGACAAUUUUGAGGGCCUUCCUCUGACACCGCCUGGUAUAGAGGUCCUGGAUGGCAGGGAGCUUUGCCCCAGUGAUGUACUGGGCCGUACGCACUACCCUCUGUAGUGCCUUGCGGUCAGGGGCCAAGCUUGCAUACCAGCGUGUAUGCAACAGUCAGGAUGCUCUCGAUGGUGCACUGAGAAUUUGAGGCAUGCAAAUCUUUUAGUUCGAGGGAAUGGCUUGUGGCCUUUCACGAAUGAUGGUUUGUGAGUGGACACCAAGGAAUUGAGCUCUCAACCGCCACUACAGCCCGUCGAUGAGAAAUGCUUGAUAAUGUAUGUGAUAUCAACAGAGAGGCAUAUUUUCUAGGUGACUUAAAUAUUGACUGGCUUUCAUCAAGCUGCUCACUCAAGAAAAAGCUUCAAACUGUAACCAGUGCCUGCAACAUUGUUCAGGUUAUCAGUCAACUUACCAGGGUAGUUACAAACCGCACAGGAAUGAAAUCAUCAACAUGUAUUGAUCACAUAUUUACUAAUGCUGCAAAGAUAAUAUUUAAAGCAGUAUCCAAAUCCAUCAGAUGUAGUGAUCACAAUAUAGUAGCCAUAUCUAGGAAAACCAAAGUUCAAAAGGCUGGGCCUAAUAUAGUGUAUAAGAGGUCAUACAAUAUGUUUUGUAGUGAUUCCUGUGUUGUUGAUAUAAAUAAUAUUUGUUGGUCUGUGGUGUGUAAUAAGGAGCAACCAGACGCUGCUCUUCACAUAUUUAUGAAAUUGCUUAUUCCAGUUACUAAUAAACAUGCACCCAUUAAGAAAAUGACAGGAAAAACUGUUAAAUCCCUGUGGAUUGAUGAGGAAUUAAAGAAUUGUAUGGUUGAGAGGGAUGAGGCAAAAGGAAUGGCAAAUAAGUCUGGCUGCACAACCGAUUGGCAAACGUACUGCAAAUUGAGAAAUCAUGUGACUAAACUGAAUAAAAAUAAGAAACUAAACUAUGAAACAAAUAUAAAGUAUAUAAAGAAUGACAGUAAAAAUCUUUGGAGCACCUUAAAUGAAGUUUUGGGCAAAAAGGCAAACUCAGCUCCAUCAUUCAUUAAGUCAGAUGACUCAUCACAAAACCCACUGAUAUUGCCAAUUACUCAGUUUUUUUCAUUGGCAAGAUUAGCAAACUUAGGCAUGACAUGCUAGCAACAAACGCUGACACUAUGCAUCUAAGUAUAACUGAUCAAAUUAUGAAAGACAAGCAUUGUAAUUUUGAAUUUUGUAAAGUGAAUGUGGAAGAGGUGAAAAACGUAUUGUUGUCGAUCAACAAUGACAAGCCACCGGGGACUGAAAACUUGCAUGGAAAAUUACUGAGGAUAAUUGCGGACAAUAUUGCCACUGCUAUUUGCCAAAUCUUUAAUCUAAGCCUAGUAGAAAGUGUGUGCCCUCAGUCCUGGAGGGAAGCAAAAGUCACUACCCAAGAAUAGUAAAAGCCCCCUUUACUGGCUCAAAUAGCCGACCAAACAUCCUGUUACCAACCCUUAGUAAACUUUUGACAAGAUACACUGCUGUUUUACUGUAAACAAAUUGACGACAGACUUUCAGCACGCUGAUAGGGAAGGACAUUCAACAAGCACGGCACUUACACAAAUUACUGAUUGGCUGAGAGAAAUUGAUGAUGAAAAGAUUAUGGGAGCUGUUUCGUUAGACUUCAGUGCGGCUUUUGACAUUAUUGAUCAUAGUCUGCUGAUGGAAAAGCGUAUGUGGUAUGGCUUUACUCCACCUGCUAUAUUGUGGAUACAGAGUUACAUGUCUAACAGAACACAGAGGGUGUUCUUUAAAGGAAGCCUUUCCAACAUAAUCCAGGUAGAAACAGGAAUUCCCCAGGGCAGCUGUCUAGGCCCCUUACUUUUUUCAAUCUUGACAUGCCACUGGCUUUGAGUAAAGCCAGUGUGUCUAUGUAUGCAUAUGACUCAACGCUAUUCAUGUCAGCUAAAACAGCAAGUGAAAUCACUGUAACACUUAACAAAGAGCAGCAGUUAGUUUCAGAAUGAGUGGCAAGGAAUAAGUUAGCCCUAAAUAACUAAAUAAAUAAAAACUAAAAGCAGUGUAUUUGGGACAAAUCAUUCACUAAACUCUAAACCUCAACUAAAUCUUGGAAUAAAUAAUGUGGAAAUUGAGCAAGUUGAGGUGACUAAAAUGUUUGGAGUAACCCUGGAUUGUAAACUGUCAUGAUCAAAACAUGUUUAUAAAACAGUAGCUUAGAUGGGGAGAAGUCUGUCCAUAAUAAAACGCAACUCCGCCUUUUAAACAACACUAUCAACAAGGCAGGUCCUACAGGCCCUAGUUUUGUCAAACCUGGACUACUUUUCAGUCGUGUGGUCAGGUGCCACAAAGAGGGACCUCAGAAAAGUACAAUUGUCUCAGAACAGGCUCAGAACACAGAGCUAACAUAAAUAAUAUGCAUGUAAAUCUCUCAAUGCGGAGGAGAGAUUGACUUCAUCACUACCUGUUUUUGAAAGAAGUGUUGACAUGCUGAAUGCACCAAGGUGUCUGUUUAAACUACUAGCACACAGCUCGGACACCUAUGCAUACCCCACAAGACGUGCCACCAAAGGUCUCUUCACAAUCCCCAAGUCAAGAACAUAAUAUGGGAGGCGCACAGUACUACAUAGAGCCAUGGCUACAUGGAACUCUAUUCCACAUCAGGUAACUGAUGCAAGCAGUAGAAUCAGAUUUAAAAAACAGAUACAAAUACACCUUAUGGAACAGCUGGGACUGUGAAGAGACACAGGCACAGACACGCCUACACAUACACAUGAUAAAACACGCACUCUACACACACGUACACAUGGAUGUUGGAUUGUAGAUAUGUAGUAGUAGAGUAGUGGCCUAAGGGAACACACUUAAUGUGUUGUGAAAAGUGUUAUAAAAUGUAAUGUCAUGUAAUAUUUUAAAUUGUAUAUAACCGCCUUAAUGUUGCUGGACCCCAGGAAGAGUAGCUGCUGCCUUGGCAGGAAUAAAUGGGGAUCCUUAAUAAAUACAAAUACACACAUGCACACACCAAUGUAUGUAUGCACACCAUACAUGUGCAUCCGUUCACAAAUAUACACAUUAAAAACUCACGCGCUCACACACACACAUAGCUUUUUUGACGUGAAUUUGUAUUCCCAUUCAACAUUUUAUUUUCCCUAACCGCAAGACUUUAACCCCAAAACCUUAACUCCUAACCUUAACCCUAACCUUAACCCCCUAAGGUCGAUAUCUAAUUAGCAUAAUAUAAUUAACAUAAGAAGAACAUCCCCAUAAAAAUCUGUCAGUUUAAGAGAUCUGUUUUUUGCAUUGGAUGUGUCUCGAUCCACCGCAUCUGCCUAUGUCGCACUUCCGCAACUGUGGGGAAAGGUGACAGAGCUAGAGCAGUGUUUGUCAGACCAUGAGACAUCCCCAAAACACGGUGGUGUUGUCCGUUUUGCUCUACGAACCCCACAAGCGUCUUGGGACUCAUCUGAAGUCAGUACAGCCGAUCUGCCAACUUCUGUCUGUAUAUAUAUAUUUGCGAGAAAAAAAAACAUAUGGGGAUUGGAAGUGAUGCAGACAAUUACAUUGAUGGAAGUUACAAUCUAUCUGCAAUUUUAAAGCUGAUCUACCCCCUAAAAAAAUGGAAAGGUGAGACUCUCACGAACACGUACAUGUUGGUUGUUUUGCUCUACGACACUCACAGGCCAAAAUGACUAGUCUGAAGGUCCCCCGGUACCAGUUGAAAAUGUUUUAUGGAAGUACAGUACAUUUGGAAACAAUUCAGCCCCCUUGACUUUUCCACAUUUUGUUACGUUACAGCCUUAUUCUACAAUUGAUUAAAUAGUUCUUGUUUUUCUCAGCAAUCUUCACACUAUACCCUAUAAUGCCAAAGCAAAAACAGGUUGUUAGACAUUUUUGCUAAUGUAUUAAAAAUAACAAAUGGAAAUAUUACAUUUACAUAAGUAUUCAUACCCUUUACUCAGUACUUUGUUGAAGCACCUUUGACAGCGAUUACACCCUCGAGUCCUCUUCGGUCUGAUGCUACAAGCUUGGCACACCUGUAUUUGGGGAGUGUCUCCCAUUCUUCUCUGCAGAUCCUCUCAAGCUCUGUCAGGUUGGAUUAGGAGCGUCACUGCACAGCUAUUUUCAGGUCUCUCCAGAGAUGUUCGAUCAGGUUCAAUUCCGGCCUCUGGCUGUGCCACUCAAGGAUAUUCAGAGACUUGUCCCAAAGCACUCCUGCGUUGUCUUGGCUGUGUGCUUAGGGUCAUUGUCCUGUUAGAAGGUGAACCUUCACCCCAGUCUGAGGUCCUGAGCACUCUGGAGCAGGUUUUCAUCAAAGAUCUCUCUGUACGUUGCUCCGUUCAUCUUUCCCUCGAUCCUGACUAGACUCCCAGUCCCUGCCGCUGAAAAACAUCCCCACAGCAUGAUGCUGCCACCACCAUGCUUCACGGCAGGGAUGGUGCCUGGUUUCCUCCAAACAUGACACUUGGCAUUCAGGCCAAGGAGUUCAAUCUUGCUUUCAUCAGACCAGAGAAUCUUGUUUCUCAUGGUCUGAGAAUCCUGUAGGUGCCUUUUGGAAAACUUUUUUGGUACCCUUCCCCAGAUCUGUGCCUCGACACAAUCCUGUCUCAGUGCUCUACGGAAAAUUCCUUCGACUUAAUGGCUUGGUUUUUGCUCUGACAUACACUGUCAACUGUUGGACCUUAUAUAGACAGGUGUGUGCCUUUCCAAAUCAUGUCCAAACAAUUUAAUAUACCACAGGCAGACUCCAAUCAAGUUGUGGAAACAUCUCAAGGAUGAUCAAUGGAAACAUGAUGCACCUGAGCUCAAUUUUGAGUCUCAUAGCAAAGGGUCUGAAUACUUAUGUAAAUAAGGUAUUUCUGUUUGUAUUAUUUUUAUAAAUGUGCUAAUAUUUCUAAAAACCUGUAUUUGCUUUGUCAUUAUGGGGUAUUGUUUGUAUAUUGAUUAAAAAAUGAACAGUGGCUAUGUACAGUGGCUUGCGAAAGUAUUCACCCCCCUUGACAUUUUUCCUAUUUUGUUGCCUGACAACCUGGAAUUAAAAUUUGUAUCAUUUGAUUUACACAACAUGCCUACCACUUUGAAGAUGCAAAAUAUUUUUGGGGGUGAAACAAAGAAGAAAUAAGACCAAAAAAAAAAAACUUGAGCCACCUUUUUGCAGCAAUUACAGCUGCACGUCUCUUGGGGUAUGUCUCUAUAAGCUUGGCACAUCUAGCCACUGGGAUUUUUGCCCAUUCUUCAAGGCAAAACUGCUCCAGCUCCUUCAAGUCGGAUGGGUUCCGCUGUAAGUCAUACCACAGAUUCUCAAUUGGAUUGAGGUCUGGGCUUUGACUAGGCCAUUCCAAGACAUUUAAAUGUUUCCCUUUAAACCACUCGAGUGUUGCUUUAGCAGUAUGCUUAGGGUCAUUGUCUUGCUGGAAGCUGAACCUCCGUCACAAUCUCAAAUCUCUGGAAGACUGAAACAGGUUUCCCUCAACAAAUUCCCUGUAUUUAGUGCCAUCCAUCAUUCCUUCAAUUCUGACCAGUUUCCCAGUCCCUGCCGAUGGAAAAACAUCCCCACAGCAUGAUGCUGCCACCACCAUGCUUCACUGUGGGGAUGGUGUUCUCGGGGUGAUGAGAGGUGUUGGGUUUGCACCAGACAUUUUCCUUGAUGGCCAAAAUGUAUCAUCUGACCAGAGUACCUUCUUCCAUAUGUUUGAGGAGUCUCCCACAUGCCUUUUGUCAAACACCAAACGUGUUUGCUUAUUUUUUUCUUUAAGCAAUGGCUUUUUUCUGGCCACUUCCGUAAAGCCCAGCUCUGUGGAGUGUAUGUCUUAAAGUGGUCCUAUGGACAGAUACUCCAAUCUCCACUGUGGAGCUUUGCAGCUCCUUCAGGGUUAUCUUUGGUCUCUUUGUUGCCUCUCUGAUUAAGCCCUCCUUACCUGGUCCGUGAGUUUUGGUGGGCGGCCCUCUCUUGGCUGGUUUGUUGUGGUGCCAUAUUCUUUCAAUUUUUUUAUAAUGGAUUUAAUGGUGCUCCGUGGGAUGUUCAAAGUUUCUGAUCUUUUUUUAUAACCCAACCCUGAUCUGUACUUCUCCACAGCUUUGUCCCUGACCUGUUUGGAGAGCUCCUUGAUCUUCAUGGUGCCGCUUGCUUAGUGGUGUUGCCGACUCUGGGGCCUUUCAGAACAGGUGUAUAUAUACUGAGAUCAUGUGACAGAUCAUAUGACACUUAGAUUGCACACAGGUGGACUUUAUUUAACUAACUAUGUGACUUCUGACGGUAAUUGGUUGCACCAGAUCUUAUUUAGGGGCUUCAUAGCAAAGGGGAUGAAUACAUAUGCACGCAUCCACUUUUCCGUGAUACAUUUUUUUGAAUUUUCAAGUAAUUGUUUUCAUUUCACUUCACCAAUUUGGAAUUUUGUGUAUGUCCAUUACAUGAAAUCCAAAUAAAAAUCUAUUUAAAUUACAGGUUGUAAUGCAACAAAAUAGAAAAAACGGCAAGGGGGAUGAAUACUUUUGCAAGGCACUGUAAUACAUUUUGGAAUAAGGCUGUAACAUAACAAAAUGUGGAAGAAGUCAAGAGGUCUGAAUAUUUUCUGAAUGCACUAGGGAGACUGUUUAGUGACAAAAAUAAUGGGUUAAAUACACUUCAGAACAAACUUCCUUUAGAUUUUUUUAGGGGGACUAUAUGUUGUUCCAUGUAGUGAAUCUGUUAUUCAAUGCGUUUGUAUUGGCUAAUAGCUGUAAGGCCAAAAAUAUACAGUGAGGGAGAAAAUAUUUUGUACGUUUGCCCACUGACUAAGAAAUGAUCAGUCUAUAAUUUUAAUGGUCGGUUUAUUUGAACAGUGAGAGACAGAAUAACAACAACAAAAUCCAGAAAAACGCAUGUCAAACAUUUUAUAAAUUGAUUUGCAUUUUAAUGAGGGAAAUAAGUAUUUGACCCCUCUGCAAAACAUGAUUUAGUACUCGGUGGCAAAACCCUUGUUGGCAAUCACAGAGGUCAGACGUUUCUUGUAGUUGGCCACCAGGUUUGCACACAUCUCAGGAGGAAUUUUAUCCCACUCCUCUUUGCAGAUCUUCUCCAAGUCAUUAAGGUUUCGAGCCUGACGUUUGGACAACUCAAACCUUCAGCUCCCUCCACAGAUUUUCUAUGGGAUUAAGGUCUGGAGACUGGCUAGGCCACUCCAGGACCUUAAUGCGCUUCUUCUUGAGCUACUCCUUUGUUGCCUUGGCCGUGUGUUUUGGGUCAUUGUCAUGCUGGAAUACCCAUCCACAACCCUUUUUCAAUGCCCUGGCUGAGGGAAGGAGGUUCUCACCCAAGAUUUGACGGUACAUGGCCCUGUCCAUCAUCCCUUUGAUGCGGUAAAGUUUUCCUGUCCCCUUAGCAGAAAAACACCCCCAAAGCAUAAUGUUUCCACCUCCAUGUUUGACGGUGGGGAUGGUGUUCUUGGGGUCAUAGGCAGCAUUCCUCCUCCUCCAAACACGGCGAGUUGAGUUGAUGCCAAAGAGCUCCAUUUUGGUCUCAUCUGACCACAACACUUUCACCCAGUUCUCCUCUGAAUCAUUCAGAUGUUCAUUGGCAAACUUCAGACGGGCAUGUAUAUGUGCUUUCUUGAGCAGGGGGACCUUGAGGGUGCUGCAGGAUUUCAGUCCUUCACGGCGUAGUGUGUUUACCAAUUGUUUUCUUGGUGACUAUGGCCCCCAGGGAGAGAGAGACUGCUGCCACUUCAGAUCAGUCAGGGAGAGAGAGACUGCUGCCACUUCAGAUCAGUCUCCAGAAACAGACUGCUGCCGCUCCUGAUCAGUCAGGGAGAGAGAGAGAGCAGAUCUUUGAAGCCUGAGCUCUGCGAUAGUCUGUCUGAUGAAACCGCUGCAUGUUGGACUGAAAGCACUGCAGCUCUUGGCACUCUUACGGGUCUUUGACACCAAAUUGGUUUGGAGCGUUUUUUUCUGAACUCGAACACUAUCAGCCCUCGGGAGCGCACUAAACAGCGCACCGUGGUUCGCUCAAAAAGGGUGGUCUCGGUCCGAUUUCAUUCAUACCAUGGUGUGGUUCGCUGCAGGUGAGAAUGCAGACCAAACACAGGCGCGCAGUAUUAGUGGUUGUUUGACUGAGAGCAUUUUAUGAAAUGCACGCAGUACCAUAACUUCAUAUCUCUGAAACAUUAUUUGAGUAGCAGCGCAUUUAUGAGCGCAUCCAAUGCAGAUUUGGGGAGACUGGGGCUGUUCCAGGGACAUAGUCCACUGAAUAAAGGCUAUUCACGUCACAGUUAGCGGCUAUUGCGCUGUUUUCUCCCACAUGUUGUUGGAAGACCAAAGCGAAAGUAAUAUGACAUUUGGGACACACAAGUUAUGCUUUUUGAUAAUCAUAGAUGGAUGUAACGUUAGCAUUUUUUUCCAAUAAACCAAUGACUUUCAUCAACAUGUGGUUUUGUUUAGGCAUUUUAGUAACCAGGAAAAAUUUAGAAAAUACAAUGUAACAAAUAACCGAACUCUGAUUCGAACUAUAGCUCAAAACUAUGCGUGAAAACGCCCUUAGAGUUAUUGUGUGGGUGGGUGGGUGUGUGUCAUGUUUAGCGUUGUUGAAGUUCUUUACAGAGCAGAGAGGUUAUGUGUGAUGUUAUUUUUUUGUCUCUGUUUGCCUCGUGUGGCCCUCAUCUCAGUUAGAGCGCUUCUGUGUAUGUGUGACAUGGCUUUUCCUUCAUGUUACACACUCCCUCUUCCCUUCCAGGCGGAGUGCCAGGGAGAUGGUGUGUGUGACCCCGGAGGGUCAGAGUCCUGGAGGUACCCCCGUCAUGGUGGACAUCAACUCAGCUGAGCUCAGGAACCCAGAGGUCAAAUUCAUCUACACCGAUGACCCCACCAUCCUCAAGAUUGAACCUGAAUGGAGCAUCGCUAGGUGAGGGUCUUAAACUGGGUGGUACUGGGCUUAUGGUCUUAACUGGUCUUAACAGAUUGCUUUAGAUCUUUUGUUGGACAAAACAGUUUAAUUUGUGUUUUAAUUCUAUGUAGAGAUCUGAAAGGAAUGGACAGGUGUUAGGCAAAAGUAAUGUGGUACUAGCUCCCUCUUUCAACUAUAUUGCUUAGGCCUAUCCAGUCAUCUCAGAUCUCAGUACAUAGGGAGUAAGGGUCGAUUUGGGUGUGAGUAUUAGCCUUAGUACUCAGUCAAGUAUGCUGUAGGUGCACUUUAUGAUACACUGUAUGGAGAGAUGGCAAAACUCACAGGUAUACUUGAAUUUGUUACCACUAUUUUUUCCACCCUGAAAACUGAUACAAUAGCAAAUCUUUGCUGAAAAAGGGGACUCUGAAGAUGCCCGUAGUUUGUAUUGCAGUCGAUGCAAAGACAGUAUAAAUACUCUCUGACUUAUUCAAAUGAGACAGCGUGGCGACACAGUUUGCUGCAGGAAUAUUUAUGAACAAACACAAGCUGUGUACAGAGCAGGAAGUGGAUUCCGAUGCAAAAUGGGCUCGAUAGAAUGAUCUAGAAAAACUGAGUUGCGUUCAUUUCUCAAUUCUAUCUGAAUGUAAACCAGUAGCUACCAGGCAGGCAGAUAACACUCUUGAUGUUCCCUGAAAUAGUAAUGUGGCUUCUGUCAAGUCACACUGUCUAAUUGACUGAAGUGCUAUUUUUUUAAUAUAUUUUUUAAUGUUUUUAUACACUACUGGUCAAAGGUUUAAGAACACCUAUUCAUUCAAGGUUUUUUCUUUAUUUGUACUAUUUUCUACAUUGUAGACUAAUAGUGAAGAAAUCAAAACUAUGAAAUAACACAUAUGGAAUCAUGUAGUAACCAAUAAAGUGUUAAACAAAUCUAAAUAUAUUUUAUAUUUGAGAUUCUUCAAAUAGCCACCCUUUGCCUUGAUGACAGCUUUGCACACUCUUGGCAUUCUCUCAACCAGCUUCACCUGGAAUGCUUUUCCAAGAGUCUUGAAGGAGUUCCCACAUAUGCUGAGCACUUGUUGGCUGCUUUUCCUUCACACUGCGGUCCGACUCAUCCCAAACCAUCUCAAUUUGGUUUAGGUCGGGGGAUUGUGGAGGACAUCUGAUGCAGCACUCCAUCACUCUCCUUCUUGGUAAAAUAGCCCUUAAACAGCCUGGAGGUGUGUUGGGUCAUUGUCCUGUUGAAAAACAAAUGAUAGUCCCAAACCAGAUGGGAUGGUGUAUCGCUGCAGAAUGCUGUGGUAGCCAUGCUGCUUAAGUGUGCCUUGAAUUCUAAAUAAAUCACAGAAAGUGUCACCAGCAAAGCACCUCCACACCUCCUCCUUAAUACUUUACGGUGGGAAAUACACAUGCGGAGAUAAUCCGUUCACCCACACCGCGUCUCACAAACACACGGCGGUUGAAACCAAAAAUCAUUAAAAGUCGUUUUUUCAACCACUCCACAAAUUUCUUGUUAACAAACUAUAGAUUUGGCAAGUCGGUUAGGACAUCUAAUUUGUGCAUGACACAAGUAAUUUUCCAACAAUUGUUUACAGACAGAUUAUUUCACUUAUAAUUUAAUGUAUCACAAUUCCAGUGGGUCAGAAGUUUAAAUACACUAAGUUGACUGUGCCUUUAAACAGCUUGGAAAAUUCCAGAAAAUGAUGUCAUGGCUUUAGAAGCUUCUGAUAAGAUAAUUGACAUCAUUUGAGUCAAUUGCAGGUGUACCUGUGGAUGUAUUUCAAGGCCUACCUUCAAACUCAGUGCCUCUUUGCUUGACAUCAUGGGAAAAUCAAAAGAAAUCAGCCAAGACCUCAGAAAAAAAAUGGUAGACCUCCACAAGUCUGGUUCAUCCUUGGGAGCAAUUUCCAAACGCCUGAAGGUACUAUGUUCAUCUGUACAAACAAUAGUACGGAAGUAUAAUCACCAUGGGACCACACAGCCGUCAUACCGCUCAGGAAGGAGACGUGUUAUGUCUCCUAGAGAUGAACGUACUUUGGUGCGAAAAGUGCAAAUCAAUCCCAGAAGAACAGCAAAGGACCUUGUGAAGAUGCUGGAGGACACAGGUACAAAAGUAUCUAUAUCCACAGUAAAACGAGUCCUAUAUCAACAUAACCUGAAAGGCUGCUCGGCAAGGAAGAAGCCACUGCUCCAAAACCGCCUUAAAAAAGCCAGACUACGGUUUGCAACUGCACAUGGGGACAAGAUCGUGCUUUUUGGCGAAAUGUCCUCUGGUCUGAUGAAACAAAAUAGAACUGUAUUUUGCUAGAAUGACCAUCGUUAUGUUUGGAUGAAAAAGAGGGUGGCUUGCAAGCCGAAGAACACCAUCCCAACCGUGAAGCACGGGGGUGGCAGCAUCAUGCUGUGGGGGUGCUUUGCUGCAGGAGGGACUGGUGCACUUCACAAAAUAGAUGGCAUCAUGAGGAAGGAAAAUUAUGUGGAUAUAUUGAAGCAACAUCUCAAGACAUCAGUCAGGAAGUUAAAGCUUGGUCACAAAUGGGUCUUCCAAAUGGACAAUGACCCCAAGCAUACUUCCAAAGUUGUGGCAAAAAGUGGCCAUCACAAAGCCCUGACCUCAAUCCUAUAGAAAAUGUGUGGGCAGAACUGAAAAAGCGUGUGCAAGCAAGGAGGCCUACAAACCUGACUCAGUUACACCAGCUCUGUCAGGAGGAAUGGGCCAAAAUUCACCCAACUUAUUGUGGGAAGCUUGUGGAAGGCUACCCGAAACGUUUGACCCAAGUUAAACAAUUUAAAGGUCAUGCUACCAAAUACUAAUUGAGUGUAUGUAAACUUCUGACCCACUGGGAAUGUGAUGAAAUUAAUAAAAGCUGAAAUAAAUCAUUCUCUCUACUAUUAUUCGGACAUUUGACAUUCUUAAAAUAAAAUGGUGAUCCUAACUGACCUAAGACAGGGAAUUUUUACUAGGAUUAAAUGUCAGGAAUUGUGAAAAACAGAGUUUAAAUGUAUUUGGCUAAGGUGUAUGUAAACCGCCGACUUCAACUGUAUACAUAUCUUUUUAAAGUAUAUUUUCCCUUCUUAUUUUCCCCUAACCCUACAACCCCUCUCCUAAUUAGAGUAAAGUAAUGGACAACAACACUUAGGCUUCUACUUCCAACUUAUACAUACUAUGUAAAUGUUACAGACACAAUGUAUUUUACAGAAGUUAUAUCUUUCUGGAACACUUUCUAUGGGCCACCUGUCUUGUAAUGCAUUAUAAAUACAUAAUAGGUAUUAAAGGGACACUUCAACACUUUUCAACUGAAAACGAAUCUUUUUGACUACAUGUAUGGUGCUGCUGGACAUAAUGGAUUUGAGUUUAAAAAGUGAUGAAGUGCCCCUUUAAUAUGUAUUUAUAGUUGCCUAUAGGGACCCAUAGAGAUUGUAGAUUGAAAAGCAAGUUCAAUGGAGAGUGGAUCCAGGUGAGGAAACAAUGUGCUGGAGUACUCACAAGGUGAAGUUGACCCUAGAUGCUGAUCCUGGGUCAGUUUUGGUUAAGGUUAGGUUUGAGGGAGGGGAAACUGAUCCUAGAUCUGUACCUAGGAGAAACGUAAUCCCAGCACUGAAUAGGCUGUGUAGCUCGGAGACACGGUAGGCAGUGCUCUUUGAAUAGGGUUGGUGGGAGAAAAAAGCAGCAAACACUUGGUAAAAAACUAAAAUGCUACCCUGGAGUACGUAAGCACAAAGUAUUUCCAAGUGCUUCCUGAUGAUUUGGCAGCUGCGUCUCAAGGGCGUCCAAACAGAUCUGAAGCCACUAGACACAAAAUGGCAGUCAGUCGCUAGGGGGAACUGGACAAACCACCACAGAGACAUCACGGUGGGUAGUAGAGGUGUAAAUGGGAGUGGCGUUUUAAUCUCCGUAGGGGCAGAGAGACGAUCGACAGACUCGACCGAUGAGACGUGCGAGGAGGCAAGCGAUCUCAUUUGUAACAGAGAUGUGAAGUAGAGAAGACAAAGAAAAAAAUUGAAGGGAAAAGAGGUGUUAGCAUUAUCCUCAGGAGGGGAAGUGACCUCGCUGGCUUUCUCGUUUGCCGUUUGUCUCACCGCUCCCAGAGGAUUGGCUGUUCCUCCUCUUGGCCAAUCAAGGCUUGUGUUUACGGCGCAAAGCAAUUUUGUCACCGCGUCCGCUCCGAUGGCGUCCGCUACAAACAAUAACAGUGGUUACGACAACAUACGUCCACUACAUACCGUCGGUGACACGACUCACACUUGUUACUUUCCAGCUUCUGCUGAGACACUGGUGUUCACCCUGCGCUAACAUCACAGUGACAAAACAGCACAGCAGAGAUGGCACAUAGGAAUGGGUUGGAGAGAUGCCUUGAUGUUCUCACAACAUUAUCACAAUGUUACCUGGAAUCGGUACAGUUUGGAAUCAAUAGUAGUCAACACCUACUAUUGAGCCACUCUCACCACACACUCUUACCUCUUUGACUCCUUUUGAGAGCUGUUGUGGCGAACCCUUUGUCUGGAACAAGUCUUUGAUUUAGUGUCUUUACAUCUACACCAACUCUUGUUAUGUCAGUCACUGAUAGUCAGUCAAUUAGCCCAUGUCAGCAAAACAUUUUUGGAUUGCUAAAUUAGUUUAGCGGCCAGCUAUCUAAACUUGUUAUCAACUCUAAGCAAAAUAUUAUCUCCGCUGUCAAGAGGGGGGCCACUAAGAUGUUUUGCUCGCUGUGUGUGUAGGGGGGGAUGGAUGUGGGUACGUAGAACCGCGAGCAGCUGCGGCCCCUCAUGAUGUUCCGAUUUUUUGUGGCCCCCACCCUCAUCAAAGUUUCCCAUCCCUGCUCUACACAGACAAGCAGGUGGGCCUAAAGCUCACUAAAAUCUCUAUGCAGACGCAAUAUUCUAAGUGUUGCAAUGUCUUUUUUCAACACAAAAGGGGCUGCUCCUUGUAAUACGCUCUGUCAUUCAACAUACUUUUUUACAACCUGAAAAUGUGGUGGGGGCUAUAUAGGCUAUUCAUCAAAGUAGCCUGUUUUGCAUUGAUAACCAAAUAUAAUCUCAGUGACUGUUCAAACAGUAAACCAAACAAGAGGAAUCCACCCAAAAGGGUAUUUUAAGUAAUAACUAGUGAUUACAGGCUAUUGUGGAAUAGUAGAACCUGCUGUAGCCAACUAGCUAGCCAUGUGCUUUUUUCUCCGUGAUCAAAACAUGACAUUCUAGUUUUAGCUGAUAUGAGAAUAAUAUGCUGCUUGUGUAUUCGAACUGGGAUAAUGUUUUAGGUUACACUGGCAAGUAUAAGACUAUUUCACAUGAAGAUGUGGGAAGCUGAAAAGGCUAGCUAGAGUGCUAUGUUUUUAGCCAGUCUAAAGCCAGCUAGCCAGGCUGCCAGCUAGCUACUACUAGGAAGGGAAGGCGAUUCUUCCUGGCUUUCACAAAAUGAAAAGACAAAAAAAAAAAAUGUUCUAUCGCCCCCUUGUGAAUGGGAGUGGGAGCGGCGAGGAUAUCAUGUUACCAAAAGGUGUCCGCUACUCAAGAAAUCCCACUCCAUCCACGUGCAUGCGCGUAGAUCAACAGAGUGAAGCUUGUAGUAACCUUAAGACAAGUUAGCCUGCAGGCUAACCAGUCGAGCAGUUUGGCCUAAGACAAGUUAGCUUGCAUGCUAACCAAUUCAGGUCUGCCACAUUGCGUUACGUCAGUGUGGUUUGGAAAGUUCAGCACCCCGUGGCUAUGAGGUGUCUGGGGGGGACGUGAAUCUUGCUUAUGUUACCCCUGUCCCUGUUGGUCAUUGUCGGGCGAAUUGAAAAGGUCAAAGGGUGAAAAGGUCAGAAAGCAGCAAUGCCAGAGUCUGGAUGUGCAAGCUUUUGUUCCAGCCCAGCAGUAACAUACCUGUUUCAAAUCACCAACUAAUCAUCUGGACCACGAUAAAUGUAAUCAGAUGUGUUAGUGCUGGGCUGGAACAAAAGCCUGCACAUCCAGUACAUCUCCAAGUACCUGAGAUGGAGAAUAUAAUUUUGGGUUUUAGAUAUUGGAGGUGUUCAUUGAGAUAAUAAUGUAGUAUUUUGGUCCCUUCCCCGAAGCUCUAUUAGAGUUUAAACAAGCUUUUAAUAUGCAUGUAAGAGCCUUAGUGUUACCAUCAUUAUCUGUGAUAGAGUGCGUAAAACAGAUCAAAUACUCUACAGUGAGAGUGGGCAUUAACAUUAAUGCCAUAGCUGCAGGGUCUUUUUCACUUGGACUAAAAUUAAAUGUAUUCGGCAAUGCUUGGUUCUCUGGAAUAUAUGGGAUUCGUUAAAAAUGACACCCUAUUCCCUACAUCAGUGGUUCUCAAACCGCUCCUCAGGGACUCCCAGCUGUUCCAUGUAUUUGGUAUUUUCCAGAGCUAGCACAACUGAUUCAACUUGUCAACUAACCAUCAAGCACUUGACUAAUUGAAUCAGGUGAGCUAGUUCAGGGCUACAACAAAAUUGUUAAAUGUUUGGGUCUCUCCAAGGAGAGGUUUAAGAAGCACUGCCCUAUAUAGUGCACUACUUUUGACCAGAGCCCUAUGGGCCCAUUUGGGACGCACACUGUGCCUUCUGUAAUCGUAUAAAAGACAGGAAUCACAGUGAAGUGCCCUUGUUGAAUGUUUUGAUACGAUCUUGCAGGGAAUAGGAUUAUGGCUUUGUUAUUGUAGUGUUUGAGGGUGGAUGUGCUGUUAUGAGUGUUGUUGUUGACUGUUUCUUCUUCUGCAGUGGCGGAACCAUGUUGACCAUCACCGGCACCAACCUGGCUACCAUCAAGGAGCCCAAGAUGAGAGCCAAGUAUGGGAAAGCACAAUCUGUCAACGUGAGUACUACUGACCAUACACACACCUGACCCAGUGGUCACCCGGCCCUGGGCCUAUUUAUGGGUGUCUGUACAUGUUGUUUUUUUACACUGAACAAAAAUAUAAACGCAGCAUGUAAAGUGUUUUGGACCCAUGUUUCAUGAGCUGAAAUAAAAUGUCUCUCAAAUGUUGUGCACAAAUUUGUUUACAUCCCUGUUAGUGAGCAUUUCUCCUUUGCCAAGAUAAUCCAUCCACCUGACAAGUGUGGCAUAUCAAGAAGCUGAUUAAACAGCAUGGUCAUUACACAGGUGCACUUUGUGCUGGGGACAGUAAAAUGUGCAGUUUUGUCACACAACACAAUGCCACAGAUGUCUCAAGUUUUGAGGGAGCGUGCAAUUGGCAUGCUGACUGCAGGAAUGUCCACCAGAGCUGUUGCCAGAGAAUUGAAUGUUCAUUUCUCUAACAUAAGCUGCCUCCAAUGUCGUUUUAGAGAAUUUGACAGUACGUCCAUCUGGCCUUGCUGAUGUCAAUGUUGUGAACAGAGUGCCCCUCGGUGGCUGUGGGGUAAUGGUAUGGGCAGGCAUAAGCUACAGACAACGAACACAAUUGCAUAUUAUCGAUGGCAAUUUGAAUGCACAGAGAGACCGUGACGAGAUCCUGAGGCUCAUUGUCGUGCCAUUCAGCCGCCGCCAUCACCUCAUGUUUUAGCAUGAUAAUGCACGGCCCCAUGUACACAAAUCCUGGAAGCUGAAAAUAUCCCAGUUCUUCCAUGGCCUGCAUUCUCACCAGACAUGUCACCCAUUGAGCAUGUUUAGGAUGCUCUGGAUUAACGUGUACGACAGCAAGUUCCAGUUCCCGCCAAUAUCCAGCAACUUUGCACAGCCAUUGAAGAGGAGUGGGACAACAUUCCACAGGCCACAAUCAACAGCCUAAUCAACUCUAUGUGAAGGAGAUGUGGUGUGCUGCAUGAGGCAAAUGGUGGUCACACCAGAUACUAACUGGUUUUCUGAUGUAUCUAUGACCAACUAAUCCAUACAGUGAGGGAAAAAAGUAUUUGAUCCCCUGCUCAUUUUUUAUGUUUGCCCACUGACAAAGACAUGAUCAGUCUAUAAUUUUAAUGGUAGGUUUAUUUGAACAGUGAGAGACAGAAUAACAACAAAGAAAUCCAGAAAAACGCAUGUAAAAAAAAGUUAUGAAUUGAUUUGCAUUUUAAUGAGGGAAAUAAGUAUUUGACCCCUCUGCAAAACAUGACUUAGUACUUGGUGGCAAAACCCUUGUUGGCAAUCACAGAGGUCAGACGUUUCUUGUAGUUGGCCACCAGGUUUGCACACAUCUCAGGAGGGAUUUUGUUCCACUCCUCUUUGCAGAUCUUCUCCAAGUCAUUAAGGUUUCGAGGCUGACGUUUGGCAACUCAAACCUUCAGCUCCCUCCACAGAUUUUCUAUGGGAUUAAGGUCUGGAGACUGGCUAGGCCACUCCAGAACCUUAAUGUGCUUCUUCUUGAGCCACUCCUUUGUUGCCUUGGCCGUGUGUUUUGGGUCAUAGUCAUGCUGGAAAACCCAUCCAUGACCCAUUGUCAAUGCCCUGGCUGAGGGAAGGAGGUUCUCACCCAAGAUUUGACGGUACAUGGCCCCGUCCAUCGUCCCUUUGAUGCGGUGAAAUUGUCCUGUCCCCUUAGCAGAAAAACACCCCCAAAGCAUAAUGUUUCCACCUCCAUGUUUGACAGUGGGGAUGGUGUUCUUGGGGUCAUAGGCAGCAUUCCUCCUCCUCCAAACACGGCGAGUUGAGUUGAUGCCAAAGAGCUCGAUUUUGGUCUCAAGGGGGACCUUGCGGGCGCUGCAGGAUUUCAGUCCUUCACGGCGUAGUGUGUUACCAAUUGUUUUCUUGGUGACUAUGGUCCCAGCUGCCUUGACAUCAUUGACAAGAUCCUCCCGUGUAGUUCUGGGCUGAUUCCUCACCGUUCUCAUGAUCAUUGCAACUCCAUCAAUCCUUGGAGAGCUCUUUGGUCUUGGCCAUGGUGGAGAGUUUGGAAUCUGAUUGAUUGAUUGCUUCUGUGGACAGGUUUCUUUUAUACAGUUAACAAGCUGAGAUUAGGAGCACUCCCUUUAAGAGUGUGCUCCUAAUCUCAGCUCGUUACCUGUAUAAAAGACACCUGGGAGCCAGAAAUAUUUCUGAUUGAGAGGGGGUCAAAUACUUAUUUCCCUCAUUAAAAUGCAAAUAAAUUUAUAACAUUUUUUACAUGCGUUUUUCUGGAUUUUUUUGUUGUUAUUCUGUCUCUCACUGUUCAAAUAAACAUACCAUUACAAUUAUAGACUGAUCAUUUCUUUGUCAGUGUGCAAACGUACAAAAUCUGCAGGGGAACAAAUACUUUUUUCCCUCACUGUAGAUUAGGGCCUAAAGAGUGUAUUUCAAUUGUCUGAUUUCCUCAACUGUAACUCAGUAAAAACAUAGAACUUGUUGCAUGUUACUUUUAUAUUUUGUUCAGUAGAAGUUAAAUCUCCUUUUCGCAUGUUAACCUUUUGAAAUGUCAACCAGCAAUUAACCCAGUCUGUCUGGCAAUCCCUCCUUCACCUAGCACCACAGGGCUAGGCUAACCUUUUCUCUUUUAGUGUCCCCUCCCCCAUUCCCCUUCUCUCUCUCUACCUGAAGAUAACAUCCCAACCAAAACAAAGGUUAUUUUCCUGCUUUGUCCUUCUCCCAUAUCACAAUUUUUAUCCGGCUCCCCUUUUCAAUAAUGCUUCUGUGUCUCCCCCGUGCGAUUUCAGACCCCGUUAGCAUACGCUAGCUAAUGUGCCGUGAUUACUUAGCAUGCCAGAGGGGAGGUUGGAAGGCAUGUUGUGGAAAAGCAGAGAGUCUAGAGAGAACCCAACCAUUUCCAUAGCGUGCUUUUAGCAUUGUGUGUUAGCGUCAGUCUCGCUAACCGUGUGUCUUUAUACAGUGCAUUCGGAAAGUAAAAUGUGGACUUUGUCCACAUUUGGUUACGUUACAGCCUUAUUCUAAAAUUGAUAAAAUUGUUUUUUCCCCUCAUCAAUCUACACACAAUACCCCAUAUAUAAAUAUUACAUUUACAUAAGUAUUCAGACCCUUUACUCAGUACUUUGUUGAAGCACCUUUGGCAGUCAUUACAGCUUCAAAUCUACUUGGGUAUAACGCUACAAGCUUGGCAUACAUGUAUUUAGGGAGUUUCUCCCUUUCUUCCCUGUAGAUCCUCUCAAGCUCUGUCAGGUUGGAUUGGGAGCGUCGCUGCAUAUCUAUUUCCAGGUCUCUCCAGAGAUGUUGGAUCGGGUUCAAGUCCCGGCUCUGCCUGGGCCACUCAAGGACAUUCAAAGACUUGUCCCGAAGCCACUCCUGCGUUGUCUUGGCUGUGUGCUUAGGGUUGUUGUCCUGUUGGAAGGUAAACCUUCGACCCAGUCUGAGGUCCUGAGCGCUCUGGAGCAGGUUUUCAUCAAGGAUCUCUCUGUACUUUGCUGCGUUCAUCUUUCCCUCGAUCCUGCCUAGUCUCACAGUCCCUGCCGCUGAAAAACAUCCCCACAGCAUGAUGCUGCCACCACCAUGCUUCACCGUAGGGAUGGUGCCAGGUUUCCUCCAGACGUGACGCUUGCCAUUCAGGCCAAAGAGUUCAGUCUUGGUUUCAUCAGACCAGAGAAUUUUGGCAAACUCCAAGCGGGCUGUCAUGUGCCUUUUACUGAGGAGUGGCUUCCGUCUGGCCACUCUACCAUAAAGGCAUGAUUGGUGGAGUGCUGCAGAGAUGGGAGAACCUUCCAGAAGGACAACCAUCUCCACAGAGGAACUCUGGAGCUCUGUCAGAGUGACUAUCGGCUUCUUGGUCACCUCCCUGACCAUUGCCCUUCUCCCCCGAUUGCUCAGUUUGGCCAUGCGGCCAGCUCUUAGAAGAGUUUUGGUGGUUCCAAACGUCUUCCAUUUAAGAAUGAUGGAGGCCACUAUCUUCUUGGGUACCCUUCCCCAGAUCUGUGCUUCAACACAAUCCUGUCUGAGCUCUACGGACAAUUCCUUCAACCUCAUUGCUUUGUUUUUGCUCUGACAUGCACUGUCAACUGUGGGACCUUAUAUAGACAGGUGUGUGCCUUUGCAAAUCAAUGUUCCCAAUCAAUUAACAUGGACCACAGGUGGGACUCCAAUCAAGUUGUAAGAAACAUCUCAAGGGAUGAUCAAUGGAAACAGGAUGCAUCUGAGCUUCAAUUUUCGAGUCUAAUUAGCAAAAUGGUCAUGAAUACUUAUGUAAAUAAGGAUUUUCGUUUUUAUUUUAAUAAAUUAGUAAACAUUUCUAAAAAACAUUUUUUCGCUUUGUCAUUAUGGGGUAUUGUGUGUAGAUUGAUGAGGAAAAUGUUUAUGUUUUUUGGAAUAAUGCUGUAAUCAAUAUUGGUCUGAAAUAUGCGUUGUCCUGCUCAUGUUUUUAUAUGACCAACUGUUUCAUGUUGUCGUGUCUUUAGUCCUAAUAAAGCGGUGGAAGUCUUUGUAGAACUUUUGAAUGCCUUACAUGUAGUCCUUUACUGUCAUGCCGAUGUUGUCUUUAUAUGUCCUUACUGUUUCAUUUGUCUUGUCUUUAUUGUCCUACAUAAGAGAGACGUUGUUUGUCUUUAUAUGUCCUUACUGUCUCAUGGUCUUUAUUGUCCUUUGUUAUGUCCUUAACGUGUCUCAUGUUGUCUUGUCUUUAUAUGUCCUACUGUCUAUGUGACUUGUUUUUAUGUCCUUACUGUCUCAUGUUGUUGUUAUAUGUCUCCUACAUUGUCUAUGUUGUCCUGUGUUUGUUUAUAACUGUCCUGUCUCAUGUUGUCUUGUUUUAUAUGUCCUUACUGUCUCAUGUUGUCUUGUUUAUAUGUCCUACUGUCUCAUGUUUGUCUUUUAUGUCCUUACUGUCUCAUGUUGUCUGUUCUUUAUAUGUCCUUACUGUCUCAUGUUGUCUUUAUAUGUCCUUAUGUCUCAUGUUGUUGUUUCUUAUAUGUCCUUAAUGUCUCAGUUGUCUUGUCUUUAUGUCUCCUUACUGUCUCAUGUUAUCUUUAUAUGUCCUUACUGUCUCAUGUUGUCUUUAUAUGUCCUUACUUUCUCAUGUUGUCUUGUCUUUAUAUGUCCUUACUGUCUCAUGUUGUCUUGUCUUUAUAUGUCCUUGCUGUCUCAUGUUGUCGUGUCUUUAUAUGUCCUUACUGUCUCAUGUUGUAUUGUCUUUAUAUGUCCUUGCUGUCUCAUGUUGUCUUGUCUUUAUAUGUCCUUACUGUCUCAUGUUGUCUUGUCUUUAUAUGUCCUUACUGUCUCAUGUUGUCUUUAUAUGUCCUUACUGUCUCAUGUUGUCGUGUCUUUAUAUGUCCUUGCUGUCUCAUGUUGUCUUGUCUUUAUAUGUGCUUGCUGUCUCAUGUUGUCUUCGUCUGCGUUGAUGGAGAGGGGAAUGUUUAGCCCACAGGGGCAAACUGUAGGAGAUGGUAUCACCAUUGAUGUAACUCAGCAAUUUUGGUUUUCUGUUCGUUGUUUCCAUUUUAUUCAGUGUCCAAAAUUAACCUAUCCACCGUUCUCUCUCAGCUCGGACGGUUUGGUUACAUUAUGGAAGUUAUCACUUUGUAUUACAUGUCAGUGUAGUGUACAUAUUGAACUUAUCCACCCUCCUAUCUCUCUUUGCCCCUUUCAGCAAUUUUUAUUGUAUGUUUUUUAUUGUAUGUUUUUUGUUUACGUUUUGUUUACAUUAUGGAAGCUAUACACUGAGUGUACAAAACAUUAGGAACACCUGCUCUUUCCAUGAAAUAGACUGACCAGGUGAAUCCAGUCACCUGUUAAAUCCACCAAUCAUGGAGAGGAGACAGGUUAACUAAGGAUUUUUAAGCCUUGAGACAAUUGAGACAUGGAUUGUGUAUGUGUGCCGUUCAGAGGGUGAAUGGGCAAGACAAAAUAUUUAAGUGCUUUUGAACAGGGUAUGGCAGUAGGUGCCAGGCGCACCGGUUUGAGUGUGUCAAGAACUGCAACGCUACUGCGUUUUUCACACUCAACAGUUUCCUGUGUGUAUCAGAAUGGUCCUCCACCCAAAGGACAUCCAGCCAUCUUAACACAACUGUGGGAAGCAUUGGAGUCAACAUGGGCCAGCAUCCCUGUGGAACGUUCAACACCUUGUAGAGUCCAUGCCCCGACAAAUUGAGGCUGUUCUGAGGGGAAAAGCGGGUUAAUCUCAAUAUUAGGAAGGUGUUCCUAAUGUUUUGUGCACUGAGUGUAUACACUUCUGGCUACAUGUCAGUGUACUGUACAUGUGCAUAGUUAAUAUAUGUAUCCAACAUCCUCUCUCUUCAGAACUGCACAGUGCUCAACAACACUGUUAUGAUGUGUCUUGCGCCCUCUCUGGCCUUCUCUGAGAAGGUCUUCUCAGAGACAGGCAGUGGUCCCGACGAGAUCGGCUUCGUCAUGGACGACGUGCGCACAACGCUUGUGGUCAACGAGACGUUCAGCUUCUACCCAGACCCUGUGAUCGAGCCUCUCAGCCCCACGGGCCUGCUGGAGCUCAAGCCCAGCUCCCCACUCAUCCUCAAG